AUGAAAAAUCGAUGGAUCUUCUCCAUUAUUUUUACACUAUUUCUGAGCUCAGUGAGCUCUCAAAACUCCACAUCCGAUUCAUGUGAUUCUGACAAAUGCUUGAUGCUUGUGGCUGAAAUCGGGCCAAUUAUUCGAGCACAUGAAUCAGUCAAACCAAAAGCGGAGGUUCUGAAAAAAAUGAAUGAUUUGUGUGCAGAUAUAAAAAAAUGUUUUAAAGCUGCCACGUGUCCAAAGGGAAAGCAUACAUAUGAAAGUAUGCGAGAUGCCUGUGAGCAUUUGGAGUUAAUGACUGGAAAUGUGCAACCGUGUUUGAAGAAAUUUUAUUCAGCAGUUUAUCAUGAAAAGUACAAUUGUACAGCCAAUAAGGACUACUUGACAGAAGAUCUGCCAAAACGUCGUGUUUCGUACACCCUGGGAAGGUUCUGUUUCUUUGAAGUGAUAGGAAAAGAGUGCUCUGCUGAAACUGUAGCAAUUCUGAGUUCGAACUUCAACUAUGAUAACCUCAUCAAUGUUUUGACUACUCUGCCAUUAGGCUUCAAAGACAACUGUAACCGCCUGUUCCAUUCGUUCAACAAACUUCAAUGUGAAGCACUGGAAGAUGCUAUAACAGCGAAAGAGAAUGAGAUCAACUGGGUCGACACAACACAAACUAAUGAUACAGAUUUGGUAUCCUUCUUGCAGCUGUUUGAGGAUGCUGAGAAAUGCAUCGCAAAAUCCUGCUCCUACAACGACAUCCACCGGCUGAUCUUCAAGAGCAAGAAGGAUUGGUUCGAGUUAUACAGCACCGAGUUCUUCAUGUGCAAACGGAAAAUGAUGCUCGACAAACCGUCGUCUGCGAAAUUCCCUUGCCUUAAAGACCACAAUAUUGUUGGAUCGAAAAAAGAGGAGACUUGUGAGAGAUAUUCGAAAUUGAAGGAUUGUACAAAGACAGUGAUGGAAGCAGUAUGUGGGAAGAAGGCGAUUGAGGAAUAUGAUAAAACUGCUGAGAUUAUUAAGAAACAUUUCGAUUGUAAAUAA